GUCAAGGGAACACAGAAGUUAGAAAUCAUGGCGGAGCGCAGGAGACACAAGAAGCGAAUUCAGGAGGUCAGUGAACCCACCAAGGAUGAGAAGGCGGUGGCCAAGUACCUGCGCUUUAACUGCCCCACCAAAUCCACCAACAUGAUGGGACAUCGAGUGGAUUACUUUGUUGCCUCCAAAGCAGUGGACUGUCUGCUCGAUUCAAAGUGGGCCAAAGCCAAGAAGGGCGAGGAUGCUUUGUUUACAACCAGAGAGUCAGUGGUGGACUACUGCAACAGGCUUCUAAAGAAGCAGUUUUUCCACCGAGCCCUGAAAGUGAUGAAGAAGAAGCCAGAGAAAGAUGUCAAGAAAGAAAAGGAAAAGGAGAAAGAAAAAGAAAAAGAGAAGGCUAAAAGUGACAGCGGCAAGGAAGAGGAGAAAAAGGGCAAAAAGGAGAAAGACAAAAAGAAGGAACCUGAAGCUACAGACACAAAGAAGGACAAAAAUGAUGACAGUCCAGGGUCUCCAAAGAAGAAGAAGGAUGUGAAAAAGAAGUUCAAGCUAGAACCUCAUGAAGACCAACUGUUCUUGGAUGGAAAUGAGGUGUAUUUUUGGAUUUACGAUCCAGUCCAUUUUAAAACCUUUGCCAUGGGAUUGAUACUAGUCAUUGCAGUUAUUGCAGCCACUCUUUUCCCGCUUUGGCCUGCUGAGAUGAGAGUUGGUGUGUACUACCUGAGUGUGGCAGCAGGGUGCUUUGUCGCCAGUAUACUUCUACUGGCUGUUGCUCGCUGCAUCCUGUUUCUGAUCAUCUGGUUGGUGACCGGUGGGCGUCACCACUUCUGGUUCCUACCGAACUUGACUGCAGACGUAGGCUUUAUUGACUCAUUCCGGCCUCUAUACACGCACGAGUACAAGGGUCCACGCUCCAGUUUAAAGAAAUCAGGCAGUGAGAAAUCAGAAAACAAGGGUGCAGAUUCCACCAAAGCACAGAAAUCAGACAGUGAGGAUAAAUCAGACAGCGAGAAGAAAGACGAGGAAGAGGAUGAGGAAGACAAUAAGGAAGCGGGUGACGGUGAGGGGAGCGAGGAAACCGGCGCCGAACGACAAUCAGACACAGACAGUGACAGACGAGAGGAUGAAGGAUCGCAGCACAGCAACGGCAACGAUUUUGAAAUGAUUACCAGAGAAGAGCUGGAACAGCACACAGAAGAGGAGGAAGAAGAAGAGGAGGAGGAAGAGCAAAGUGAGACAAAGCCCUUGACUGUUCAGACAUAAACGUUUGGCCUCACGCCGUGCACAGAUACUCCCAUGCUCCAUGUGGACCUGCUGAUGUUUUCUGUCAUGUUCAGGAGACAUUUCCCAUUUCUGUUCUAGCUGAGAAAUUCCUCUAUGAAAACAGACAGGCUUAAAGGUUAAAAGAGAGCAGAAAACGGCUACGAUGACAGUGGAAAUCCCAGAAGCAAAGGCUGUUUUGUUUCCCUGAAUAUGUUUACCCACUAUGGAUGCGAGCAAACACAUUUGGAUCAUGUAUGUCUCACUAAACAAAUGGUUUACACCUUCACUUUUCCCGUUUUCUCUUCCUUUUAUUGUGUUAAUGUUAUCUAACGUUGAGGCAUUUUGUUUUAUAAACAUGUUGGUAGUGUUAAGUGUUCAAGAAGGACUAGAUAGGUGAGCUUUCAGAAUGGUCUUUAACCCACAUAAAGGUUCACUUUAAGAUCUGAAGAUUUAAUAUUCCAUGUUGGCACUUUUUUUUUUUUUUUUACCAACCGUAAAUAUAAAUUGGAUGAUUUGAAUGGACCAACAUUUUGUCUUAGCUACCUAAUUAGUGUUACUUUCGUUCAUUUUAAUCACAAAUCUGAACGCCAUGUGACCUGUGACACAUUUCUGUGGAACUCUGGGAGAUCUUCCUUAGUUUGGGAAGCAGAUGUAUUUCUGUGCACUUGCCACACAGUCUGUUACAAUUUGCAAUCAAUCUUUGAGAUCCUUGCGAGAAAUAGUCCUUGUUAACAGAAACGUAAAGAGAAGUUGUAAAACAUUUAAAGCAUCCCAGUUGAGUCUUAUCAGUUAUCAUUUGGACAGCAUUCAGAAGAGGAAACUACACCCACAUUUGUGCCAAAAUAUGCAGAUAUUGAUGCUUUUCAUUUGCAUAGCACAUACAAAUUAUGACCAAGUCGCAACACUUUGAUUAGCUGCCAGUUAAUUACAGUUCAAACAUGUCAUACCUUGUACAGUAUGUCUUUUAAACAGAUAGUUCACCCAAAAAUUAUAAUUCGUUCAUCAUUUACUCACCCUCACACUGUUCCAAACCUGUAUGAAUUUCUAUUAUUUCUUCCAUGGAACACAAAAUGAGUAGUUAGGUAAAACUGGAAAAAUUGUUUGCCAGAAUUUAAUUUUUUUGGGUGAACUAUCCCUUUUACUAUAGCAACUAGCUGAUUAAAAUUUUCAAUGAAUUGCAUCAUAGCCUCUGUUUAAUCAUACAUGGUACUACUUCCCAUCUGGUGUACUAACUCUUAAUACAAGUCUUACCUGAGGGGCUGUGGUCCAAAAUAGCCUGUUAGUUACUUGGUUUGCAUUCUAAUAGGGGCCGAGGUCCAAUACUAUCCUUACAUAGGGUUGCAUCCUAUUGGCUAGAGUAUUAUUUUACAUUAGCUGUUUCUUUUACUCAUACUGAGGAUGAUAUUUAAGAGAUGAAAUACAAAUGUAUCAUUUAUAUAUGGAUUCUAUAAAUCUACCAGAUAUAUUAAUGCCAGCAGUUCAGGUGGUGAUUAGCUCUAUUUAACAUGAAUACUUUUUUUUUUUAUGUCAGAAACGCAGGUUUUGCAUUUCAUUGUGUUUUAUACAAAAAUUCUAAUCACCAAUAAAUGUUUUUCAUGCUGAAGAAUUUGGAAAGAUUGUUUCUGAACAAUUUAUUGGAUUUAGGAUACAGAAAUCAUUUUAUUGCUGCUUUAUUUUGUGGUUUCCUAAUGCUCUACUGACAUGUCAUUUUUAAUGCAUGGACUGUUGGUGUUUAUCACCUGCGUAAAAGAGAGUAGGAACACUGUUUUCCCUAUAUAACAAAAUGAGAAGCAUCCUUUAAAAUACAUGGUCAUCUCAAGUUCAACAGGAGCAGCGAACCCCUUUUGAGUGAAGAUCUCAAUCUUUAUUUUUGAAAUGGUAUGAAUCUUGAACCAUGUCUGUAAGUAGAUGAUCUUGUCAGUCAAACCCCUGGAGGUGUUCCUAAACAAAUACUAUGUAUGUUCUCAAUAUUCUUCAUUAUUGACUUUAAAGACCUGGAUAGACUGGGCAUGGCCCGACACUAAUGGCAUAACUAGUUUUGCAUAAAGAUGUUUUUUUUUCCCCUCUCUUUUUCUGUUGUCGCUAUGAGCAGCAAAGAUGUUUUUUUUAUUGGCAGAAAAUUGUGUCACAUUACUGGGUGUUGCAGCACAGUGUCAGUCCGUUAUGUGCAAGUGGAGUGUUAAAUCAUGCUGCAUUGCAGCAUAUUUCUAAAGAGGAAAUCACAUUAUCUUUUUUUUUUUUUUUAUCUGGUCAGCCUGUCUUCAACUAAUUAAUUGUCUGUAUUUGGGUCAAUAUUGAGGACUGUCUUUUUUUGCAAUAUCUGGAGUAUAAUUUAAGUGUCUGUUAAAAGUAUAUCUGUAUCUUUUCAUUGCAAUAAAAAUAUAGAACGCA